AGUUUUCAUUUUCGCGUCCACCAACCACACCUACCAACCAGCAUGGCUCACUGCAACGUCUGCGCCACGUCCUUAGCCUACUUUCGCCGAAAGAGCUCGUGCAGUCGGUGCCGCGCCAACGUCUGCCGCCGCUGCUGCGUCAACGUCACCACCACCAACGCCGAGCUCAGCCCUGUCGCGACCAAGAACGUUCGCAUCAAGAUGUGCCUCGGCUGCAUCUCGACGCACAAGACGCCGAGUAAGCCGUCGCUCGCGGCGCGGAUUCCAAUCCUCCUCGACCUCGCGAUCGAGUCGACGCCCAAGGUGGCCGAGCCGGUCCCGUCGCCCAAGCCUUUCUUUACGAUGGACGCGUCCGGCGCCGACACGCCCGAGAAGAUGCAGCAGCUCAUGGCGCGCCUUCUGUCCGUGCAACACACGACCGAGCACAUCAUUUCGACCACGAUGCAGCUCAGUUCGCCCGUGGCAUGAGCCUCCCAUCAUCAUCAUCUCCUGCGUACAUAGUAUCUAUCUCGACGAAUCGACGAC